AUGACUAGAACUCAAAAAUGGACUGUUCACGAAGCUGCAUCUCAACCUAAGUGGUUUACUCACCAUGGACAUGCAAACACAGAUCCAACCAAGAUCAAGAAGGAAGGUGCAGGACGUAGAAACUGGGGACAACCCGGAGAUGAGCUUACAGAUGAGGAAAUGGGACAUCUUUUUGGAAAGUCCACAAGACGCAAUUCCAAUCACAAUCAAAACGAGCGCGAUAUGAAGGAUUUGAACGAUACACUUGAAAAGGAUAUGAUGUAG